CAUUCCCAACACCAACUCCUAGUUUUUCAAGUUUUCUUAUGUCUCUAAAACUUCUACACAACAAGCAUAGUAGCAUUAGUAGUGACAAAUAUCACCACAAAAAGAUCUUUAGCGGCGACAAGAUCGUGACUAAGCCGUUGCCACUAUUGUUUUGUACGACACACAAUGUCAGAUCAAAUCAUACUUUCCUUUAAUAUUCGUAUUUUUCAUGAUUUAUUCAAAUUUCCUGUAGCAACUCACAACGUUUUACUUUUGAAAGGUCUAACAUUGUUCAAAUCAUUUUAUCUUUCUUUAGGAAGCAGAGGGCACUUUCGUCUAGUCCUUGGGCUGAAAUAUGUGCCACAUUAUUAUAAUUGUGCUUGUCAUUGACCUGAGAUAAAGGUGCUACUAAAAGUAGUAUGAUAAAAACUAUAGUAAAUAUUUCAUAGUUUUUACUAAAAGCCUACCUAAUAUUUAAGGAAUAUGCUCAUGUGUAUAGAAAGCCGCAUUUUUCAGUGUUGGUAUCUAAAACCUUCCCCGGACAAAGUCCUUUAUCGGUAAUAGUAUAGCCAUCUGUUGGUAUUGGUCUCCCAGUGGUAGUUGUAUAUAAUUCUUUGUUAAACUUUCCAUGUCAUGUAUAGCUUGAAGAUGUACAAGCAUACAAUCACUGUUACAUAUAGAAAAACACGCGCAACAUCCAUUAUAUAUAAGUGCCUCAUGCAUUAGUUGUUCAAGUAUUACCAUUAGAGAGGAAAACUAGCUAGUUAUAGUGCUCUUAAGAAAAAAUAGAUGGCUAUCAAAGGAAAGAUAUCAGGUGAAGUUGAAAUCAAAUGUCAUCGUCACCUGGUCUUUGAACUCUUCAAGCACAAGCCACACGACACGUCAGUCGUUGACCCUGAGAGGAUUGAAGCUUGCCAUUUAGUUUCGGGUGAAUGGGGUGUUCCUGGAGCUGUCGUUCUGUGGCACUACUACCAUGAUGGAAAAAAGGAAACUGCUAAAGAAAUCAUUGAAGAAAUUGAUGAUGAAUUACACAAAAUUGUGUUCAAAGUGAUUGAAGGAGAUAUCUUGGAGGUGUAUAAUUCCCUUAGUUUCAUCUUUACCACCAAAGAUGUGGGCGAUAAGAAGUUUGUUAUCUGGACUAUAGAGUUCGAGAAGGCGAAUGCAAGCAUACCAGAUCCAACAUCGUAUUUGGACUUGGUUUGUGGAAUAGUUGGAAAUAUGGAUUCUCAUUUUCUCAAGUAACCAUGAUGUCGCCUAUAUAUUCACUAAAUAACUGUCGCUGACAUUAUCAGCUCCAACAGCGACUUGCUUGGUUUUAUGGUGUUAAAGGGAAGUGAUUGUCCAAUAAAUAAAUGUCAGCCGGUGUAUUUAUAAAUAUUGAUGCUUAUGAAGAUAUGUAUUUGUAUUGUAAACUAGCAUGGUGUUAUGGUGUAUUUCAGUUACUUUUGUGUGAUCGAACUGUUUCAUCUUUUGCUUGAUUUUUGAAACUAAAACUCACUUUUAAUAGUCA